AUGUCAGCUGCCACUGCUUCCCCACAACUACAACCAAUACAUCCACCUCCUCCAUCCUCUAAUCAAUGGCCAAAGUUGCAAGCUGCUACACAUCUUUUGAUACGCAAAAAGAAAAGCACUAGUAGCAGUCAUCAUUCAACGCCAUCGGCUGUUGCCAAUAGCAACCAACCAGAUACAACCACAUCUUCUUCCAGCAAUACUCCAUCAUCCACCACUACUGCUACAAGUACUGGUAGCAUUAACAAAAAGAAGAAAAAGAAAAAGAUGGCCAGCUUGUCGAUCAAAACGAAUGCAUCAUCUAAAACAAACCAGGCACCACCUCCACCACCUCCUCUACCUCCUCUACCAGAUACCACAAAACAACUCCCACCACGACCUACUAUCAAUCAAGAGCAAAAGCAGCAAUCCAGCAUGUCGAUACAAACAAUGACACCAAAGAUCAUUCGUCGUAACCCAUUCACCAACCUUCUGAAAAAGGCAUCGUUAUCGCGAGGUGGAGGAUCGCCGCCUAUUCCAACCCAUGUGGAUAAUAAAGCUGUACUACUCCCUGAUCGGCUCAAAGUCUUUGUCGGAACAUGGAAUAUGUAUGGCCGACUUUUACCUAUCGAUCUUGGUAUUUUCCUUACUGACGAAAACAAAAAGCACCAUCCUCAUCCCACACCUACGGAGGAACGCUUACUUUUGGACAGCAGCACCAGCCACCCGUAUCACAUCUUAGCGAUCGGUACACAAGAAUGCGAACGUGACAUUUCCGAAUCAUUGAUUUUUCCAUCCAAAGAGUUAUGGGAACGAAGGUUGCAGGAACAUCUCGGCCCUAGUUACAAGCUGCUGAGAACAGAAACAUUAGCAGCGCUUCAUUUGGCUGUAUUUGUUUGGAAACCUGUCAGUCAUCAUGUAAAGGCAGUGCAGUGUGACAGAAUCAAAACCGGUUGGGCGAAUAUGGUUGGUAACAAGGGAGCCGUUGCCAUCUCAUUGCUCUUUGGUUCACGAUCACUUUUGUUUAUCAAUUGCCAUCUUCGAGCCCAUCAAACCAAGGUCACGGAACGCAAUGCCAAUGUGCAUCGCAUCUUACAUGGCCUACGUAUGCCUGACUUUGAAAAGGCUCUCGAUGAACACCCUCACCACUGUCGCCAUGACGACGAUAGUGAUAGCACAAAGUUGCAUCGACACGCCUCAUCUUCCAUGUCUCGGCUCAAAAGCUUACGUGAUAAAAAGGGGAAGGAUAAAUCUGGUAGUACUGGUAGCAGCAACAGCCAUCAUCAUCAUUCGAGUUAUUAUGCAGAGGUGGAAGCUAUUUUUACAGGCGAAAAUGAGCAUGAACAUCGUAGUGUGCUUGAUCGAUUCGAUCACGUAUUUAUGUUUGGCGAUACCAAUUACCGCAUCAAUGCUGAACGUACCAAAGUGGUGGAUGCUAUCCACAGAGGCGAUUUCAAGUCGCUUUUGCAAUAUGAUCAAUUAUCUGUGGAACGUCAAUCACCCAAUAGCCCACUGGCCGCUUUUCGGGAACAUCCCAUCAACUUUCCACCCACCUACAAGCUUGAUGCCAUCCCCUAUGACGAUGAAAGAGGUGAUACUAGCAGCAGUAGUAGCGAUAGCAGUGAUGAUGAGGAUGAUGAUUAUUGGCCAUUUGACUGGUUUUCGUCAUCAUCGUCAUCACGUCGUUCAACAGCACAUACGACCCCGACCACAGCUACAUCUACUACUACAGCAACAACCACUCCUGCAGUGCCACCUGUGCCACCGUUGCCCAAGGACAUUGUAAAACAACCAACAACGGUUGCUACGAAUGCUGCACCUACAACAACAACAACGCAACAAGAGCAGCCGGUGAUCAAGAAACAAAAGGCUAAUAGCACAUCAGCUGCCACCACCACCACUAAUACUACUACUACUUCCACAACCAAAGCAAACACAACACGGCAUAAAAAGCAGCGAUCUUUAUCAGCACCAGUGAUGGGCGCAAAACAAAAUAAUGGUGCCCCUGAAAGGAGAUUGGUAGAACCCAGCGAAUUGUGCUACGAUUCUAGUCCCAAGCAACGAGUCCCCAGCUGGACGGAUCGCAUCCUGUGGCACGAUCGCCCUCUCAAGGAUAAUGAUCAACAUGUCUAUACAACCCAAACGGCCGUAACUACCAUCCCUAAUGACAACAAUGACAAGAACAAAAAGCAACAAAAGAAGACCAAAGAGCGAUCGAUGGGUGAUAAAGCAUCGGCUACGGAUAAAAAGAAACCAUGGUGGAAGAAACGUAAGCAAACAGGUGCCGCCACACGGGGGAUCACUACAGCAACAGCAGAACAACAGCCACCUCCCAACAAGGAUACCGUGUGUUGGUUUUAUGGCGCUGUAUUGGAUCAUGCGUUGGUGGGUGUCAGCGAUCAUAUGCCUGUUAUUGGUGUCUAUGGCAUUUGGUUUGAUGAAUGGCAACCUAUUCCUUCCACAACAAAAGAUGAUGUUCCUUCUCAACCAUCCAACAAAAUGACUCCCGUGGCUGCUGUUGGUGCACCCUCCCCUGCCGCUGCUGCUGCUGCUGCUCCUACUAAGCCUGAGCCAAAGAAGAAAUCCAAGCCAUGGUGGAAACGUAUUCUUGGGUAA